AAAGGAAAAACCCAAGUUCAAUCUUUCAUUGUUAUCGUGAAUGGUGAAAACAAAUCGCACCGACAGCAGUUUGAUGCUCUUCCUUUACGAAUCAAGGCCGAUCACUCUCUCCUCUUGCAAACAAACCUGGUUUCAUCAUUGCCUCUGCCCCGUUCCAUAAAAACAACCCAGAUUUCAAGUAAUGGCGCUUUACAAGCAGAAGAAGAAUCAAGGAUCUAAGGGAGGCAAUAGGUUGUGGAUUAGCAUCGCUGUUUUAGGAAGUUCUGGGCCGAUUCGAUUCAUCGUUAAUGAAGAACAACUCGUUGCUGCUGUUAUCGAUACUGCAUUGAAAUCCUACGCUCGCGAGGGUCGGCUACCUGUUCUUGGAUCGGAUCUCAACGGUUUUCUCCUUUACUGUCCUAGUGUUGGAUCAGAUGCAUUGAGUUCAGCGGAGACGAUUGGAUCGGUAGGGGCAAGGAACUUCGUGUUAUGCAGGAAGCCGAAGAGUGAGAAAAUGGAGGACAAUCAUGGAAGGUCGACUAAAGCAAUUUCCAGGAAAACAACUACUGGGAUUUUGAAAGCAUGGAUUCAUAAAUCCCUCAAUCUUAAAAUCUCUUUCCAUUCUUUCAUUCAUUCAUUGAUGGACAUGGUAGAGAAUAUGUGUAUAACUGUAUUUUGA